ACAGGAUCUACCAGCCAGUGUCAAUCCUCUCCAUGUGGAAAGGAGGGCUCGUGCUCGCGGCCAUGGCGUCGGCGUUGGCUGCGCCGCUACCAGCGACUGUCUUGAACUUUCGCCACUGGGUGCUGGACCUUCCCGAGGCGACCUCCAACGCGUUCACCGUUCAGGGCGAUGGCGUUGCGCCCACGACACCCGUCGACGGUGCCCACACACACAACGCCAAGUAUCCUCGCGUUGAGCUACGCGAAGCCAAGCUGAAUGCUCGGAAUGCUUCGUGGCUGCGCAACUGGGACCCGCGGCUCGUCAUUGCACGAGCUCUCGUUGUGCAGAUCAAAGGCCACAAGGCCUGUCUGAUGAUCAAGGUGCAAGCGGCGUCGAGCGGCGGGUUCCAGAUCGUGGUGGCCAACCACUUUUAUCCGCCACCGCAACAGCUCCUCGUCCUCGAUGCAAGAUACCAACUCGGCACGCGCUUUGAUUUAAAGCUGCAGCUGCACCAAGGCCGCGUGCUCAUCUACUAUAAGGACAUGGCGACACCAGCCAUCGCAGCACCCUUUCAGGACAAAAUCGACUGCCGCUGCCGCAACGAGACUGCCAAGCAAGCGCUGUGCUACUUCAAGACGGGCAACUACCUCCAGUCCAACACAUCGUUUGACGCACCAUCGUCGACAAGCGUCGUGCACCUCUACAAACUCAAGGCCUCGCAUUCCAACGCCACGGACCCGCUUCCUUCCAACGCGUCGACCAUUGUCAAGCCUGGUUUCCUCUUGUAG